GUCAAGCCAUUCCAAGCCUCCGAUGAAGGACCAAACCAGGCAGACGAUAAAGAUGAUUUACCAAACCUUCCUGAAAUCAAAAAUAUCCGACGACCUUCUAAACAACGUUAUCAGCUUUUCUAUGUAAGUUUUUACAAUGAAGAUCGAAUUAUUGUUGCCACUUCACAAAGUUUAAUAUUAAACGUUUGCUCGGACGUUUUGCCAUCCUUGAUCCUUUAUCAGGCAAGACGUUCUAAUUUUAAUUGCGCGAUUAUAUUUCGCCACAUUAUAGAAACUUAAAACUGUCAUAUAAUUCUUUUUCUUUCGUCUUUUAGUGAAAAAAGGUGGAAAAGCUCAGCUCCGCAUUUAUAUUAGACGGCAAAGAACUCUGAUGAAUCCAAAGGCUACAAGGAAAAUCAUUACGUCUACAAGCAUAGGGUUGCGUUUCAGUGGCGAAAAGGAAAACGUGGAGUAA